UGCACUACCAAGUCGUACGUUCCAGAGAUUCUAUAACAUUUUCACACCCAAAAAAAAAAAUCCAUCAAACAGUCAUAUAGUCCUCCAUCUCCAUCUAAAUCUCUCAAAUUUGCUUUGCACAUUAGUACUCAUUAAUUAGCUCCACCACCAUAUCAUCGUAAUCAUCAACAACAACAACAAUGUCAGUGUUGGUGAAGACAGACUCGGAGGUGAGUAGCUUGAGCCAAUCCUCACCAGCAAGGUCUCCUCGGCGACCUGUGUACUACGUGCAGAGCCCAUCUAGGGACUCUCACGAUGGAGAAAAGACCACAAACUCUUUCAACUCGAGCCCAGUGCUCAGUCCUAUGGGCUCUCCUCCUCACUCUCACUCCAACUCUUCUCUUGGCCCUCACUCCCGUGAGUCCUCCUCCACUCGCUUCUCUGGUUCCCUCAAGCCUGGUUCACGCAAGAACAACAACAACAACUCGCAAAGGAAGGGUUGGAAGCCGUGGAAGGAUCAGUUUGAUUCCAUUGAAGAAGAAGGCCUAUUGAACGAUGAGGAUGGAAACCAACAUUUCCUCCGCCGUCGUUUUUACUGUCUUGCUUUUGUUGUCGGCUUCUUGGUGCUUUUCUCUUCCUUUUCUUUGAUUUUGUGGGGUGCAAGUCGUCCUCAAAAACCCACCAUCACUAUGAAGAGCAUUUUAUUUGAUCAGUUUGUGAUUCAAGCUGGUGCGGAUGCAUCAGGAGUAGCCACUGCGAUGGUGUCCAUGAAUUCCACAGUGAAGCUCACAUUUCGUAACACUGCCACAUUUUUCGGGGUCCAUGUCACAUCAACACCUUUAGAUCUCACAUAUUCUCAACUGAAAGUAGCCUCUGGAACCAUAGAUGAAUUUUAUCAAUCAAGAAAGAGUCAGAGAUCAAUAGCAAUCAUUUUGAAAGGAAGCAAUAUCCCACUGUAUGGAGGAGGAUCUAGCUUGGGCAGCCAAAAUGGUGCACCAAUUGAUCCAGUGCCAGUGACAUUGAACUUCAUAGUUCGGUCAAGAGCUUAUGUUUUGGGUACACUGGUCAAGCCAAAGUUCAACAAGAGGGUUGAGUGUUCGGUGAUUAUGGAUCCCAAGAAGAUGAACGUGGCAAUUUCGCUGAACAACAAGUGCACUUACAAGUAGAGAUUAAUCAUAGCAUUUCUUUGAUUAUAAUUAUGUAUUAUAUACAUAUGAA